GUUAGCGCCCCUUCUUUGGAGUAGAUACGGUCUGUUGUUAGGGUUUUAGGGAGAGAGCUGUGAAAAUGGUGCUGGACAAGCCAAGCAAAGGAAGGAAAGAGGAGGUCGUCACCAGAGAGUACACCAUCAACCUCCACAAGCGCUUGCAUGGAUGCACAUUUAAGAAGAAAGCUCCAAAAGCCAUCAAGGAAAUCAGGAAGUUUGCCCAGAAGGCUAUGGGGACAACAGAUGUGAGAGUAGAUGUGAAGCUAAACAAGCACAUAUGGAGCCGUGGGAUUCGAAGUGUGCCGAGGAGAGUUCGUGUCCGCAUUGCACGGAAGAGAAAUGACGAUGAAGAUGCCAAGGAGGAGCUUUACUCACUGGUCACUGUUGCUGAAGUUCCGGCAGAGGGAUUGAAGGGAUUAGGCACCAAAGUCAUUGAGGAUGAAGAUUGAACUAAUCUUUAUCCAGAUCUGGAUAACUCUGGAACUAUUGUUUCUUGAUUGUUGAGAUGUUUUGUUUUGGUUUUAAUUUCCCUGGUGAACUCUUCUCCAUAGAAAAAGUAACUUGUAUGGACUAUUUUGGGAUUUAUGCUGUCGAGCUGUUUUGGAUAUGUUAUGAUCUUUUGUGGUGUGCUUGAGUUAAGAUAGUUUAUGGUACAUACACAGAUAUGAAUUUGUGUAUGGACUGAGGCUUGACGCAUUCAUCAUCCUAAUGCACAAGUGUUUCAUGAAUCUAUUUUGGAU